UUUUCUUUCCUCCUGUAACAAGAGGAGGUGGUGUACGGAAGUAGCGUGGGAUUUUAUUACUAAGCAACAGAGACCAGUACAUACCGGCGAAUUGGUGAAAACGGUAUUAAAUUGUGUAUUAAAUCUACUUCAACCACAUCCAGAGAACAAAUGCCAAAUAAGCCUUCGCCUAGACGCUGCAAUUUAUAGUUAUACUGUGAUACGUUAUUUUCUGCAUGAAACCGAAUCAAAUCGAGCAGGUUGCUCUGGCAUGAAUAAAUGUAAAGAUCCCCCGUUAGCUGCGACAGAAAUGCAUGCGAAUAAUCACCAAAAUCACGACUCUCACUGUGGAACCGUUGUGGCCCGGGCACGAUGGGGUCUUCUGCGACAGGUUCUGAAACAGAAGCAGCUCGACAGUUCAGAUGUUCAGCAGGUGUCAGUACGAAGAUUCUCCUCCUUUAACCUGUUCUCCAGGAGCAGGGUCACUCCCACAGAGACGGAUGACCCAUCAGACGGGCAGUGGGUGGAGUACAGAAGUGCCAUCUUUCCCCAGUACAGUGCCUUACUCAGAGACAAUCUUGGCCCUAUUAGAGUGGAUGAGGUGCUCAGCAGUUUUGACAACACAGGAAAUGUCUGUGUCUGGCCUUCUGAAGAGGUGAUGGCCUACUACUGCCUGAAGAAACGUCACAUGUUUACGGGCUCCUCUGUGUGUGAGCUGGGUGGAGGGAUGACGUGCCUUGCCGGGCUCAUGAUUGCGGUUUGUGCUGAUGUGAAGGAAGUGCUGUUAUCUGAUGGCAACGAGAAGGCAAUUCAAAAUGUACGCAGUGUAAUCGAGAAGAACAGACGUGAAGAGCUCUUCCUGUCUACCAAUGUGUCCAGCAGGGUGGUGAGAUGGGACAAUGAGGCUGAUGUGUCCGCUCUGGAGGGUCGCUUUGACGUGGUGAUGUGCGCUGACUGUCUGUUUCUUGACCAGUACAGAGGCAGCCUGGUUGAUGCACUAAGAAGAUUACUGCGACCUGAUGGCACCGCUCUAGUAUUUGCCCCUACCAGAGGAGACACACUGGCAGAAUUCUGCAAACUGGGAGAGAGCGCAGGCCUGAGAGUAUGUCGCUAUGACAACUACGACUCACACUUGUGGGACCUUCACCUAAAGAUGCAGAGAGAGGGAAAGGAGGUGUACGACGAGAACAUCCACUAUCCUCUUCUCCUCACUCUCACUCACGGAUCCAGUCCAGCCCUGAUCUGAGCUGGGCAAAGCCAUCUCAUACCAGGCUGCCUUUCUGUACCGCCCACCCCGGCUUUGCCACUGUGUCCUCACCUCCUGUGCGUGUGCGCCAGGCCUAAGCGGCCUCUUAUCACACUCCUCAAAUACCUUUUUUAACUACAGCGUGCGUGUGUGCUUUGAAAACAGACUGUGUAGCUGAGUUGCCGUGUGUGUGUGUGUGUGUACUUGACCUGUUUACUGUGCAAUAACAGUGUGAAAUGUGUUAAAUGGGAAUGGAGAACACAUCCCUCCCUCUCAUCCUACAGACACUGCGGAUGUGACGCUCAGAUAUGAACUCAUUUAAAGCCUGUGAGUAUGCGUGAUAUCAGAGAUGAUGUUUCAGGGCAGAACAUUAUGAAUUUAUGAAUUCCACUCUGGAGGCUGAUUCAGCUAAUCAGGUUCGCAGGACUAUCUUCGCCUCUUUACAAAGGCGUAAAUGAGGCCGCAGGGUCGUCUUGAUCAUGAGAUCUUGUUAUCAUAAUGACACCAGCUCUCGGUUCGUCGUUAGCUACUGAUUCUGUAUCUACACUCAAAGGUUCAUUCUGACACCAAAGGUUAUGAAGGGUUGAGAUGGAUGCUGCUGCGCUGGAUGUUAUUUGCUUCACUGUGAAAUGCUCUCACCUGGCAUUUUUUAAUCGAAGAACUGACGAGAUAUGACAGAUUAGGCCAUACUAAGGCUGAACUGAUGUCUUGAUAGUGUUACACUUCCACUGGGAAGACCUGCAGCAGUGUUCUCCACUCAGUCCUGUAUGUUUAGAGAGCACUCGAUGUGCACGCUAGACUAAUGGCCUCAUUAAAGAGAUGGCUCACCCAAAAAUAA